AUGGAAUAUGAAGUAGGUGAUAAGAUUUUCCUGAAGAUAUCUCCUUGGAGGGGAAUUCUGAGGUUUGCCAAGCAAGGGAAGCUAAGUCCGAGAUACAUUGGGCUGUAUGAAAUUAUUGAAAGAAUCAGACCACUGGCAUAUCGACUGGCAUUACCGGCAGAGUUGUUACAAAUACAUGAUGUUUUCCAUGUUUUGAUGCUGCGACGAUAUCGGUCUAAUCCUAGCCACAUUAUUCGUGAGCCGGAGAUAGAGAUUUUCGAGGAAUUAACAUAUGAGGAGGAGCCUGCAGAGAUUUUGGAUAGGAAUUUAAGAAAAUUAAGAAAUGAAGAUAUAUCGAUGGUAAAAGUGACAUGGAGUCAUCAUUCCCCGAUGGAGGCGACCUGGGAGGUUGAGGAGCAUAUGAAAGAGAAAUAUCCCUAUUUAUUCCAUUGA